UUUUAGAAGAGUAUGUUAUGAGUAAAAAUUUAUAGUCAUAUUUUUUGUGAACGUUGUUUUAACUUUUCCCAUUUUCCAUGUUUUCCGCUGUCACUUUUGACAUUUCCAAAUAUUACGCUGUGCUUGCGAUUUUGCUCCGUGCGUGUUUAUUUUCACGUUUUAUGUCAUGAAAUAGAUGUGAUAAACAUGAAGUCCUAAAGAUACGCCGAGGUCCGGGGAAGUUGAUUCAAAACAAACUAUGUCAGAGCAAAAAGAUGACAUCAAGAAACCUAACACAGAGGCAAUAGACGAAGAAACUCUAGAAAAAUUAGCAGUGGAAGAGCUUAUGCGAGAAGCGGUCCAAGGCGCCGCCAGAGCUGAAGUAGUAGGUCCGUCAGGCUGGGUCAAAGCGCCAAAACAGAAAACUAAUAAACGAUUCCUCGCCAACACAAUACGGAAUGCUGUAGCUUCCAACAAGUACAAUAGUUCUAAGAAACAUCAACAUUCCCACAAAAGAUCCUCCAAACAUGACAGACACCCAGAGCCUACCAUCACCAAGGAUAGGUCUAGAAGAAAGUAACAAUAUGGAACUAUAUGACGUGGAUGAGGUACUUAAAACUAUAUUUGAUAGCAGUGAGUCUAACAACUGGAAACCAGAAGACAAACGUCCACUCAUCAAGAAUGAAAUUGAAAAACUGAAGACUGAAUUAAGACAAUUUUUGGAUGAAAGUGAUUAUGAUGUUGUAGCUAUAGUAGAUGAGAGUAAAAAUCUUUGUUUAGAAAGCAAUGACAUCCUGCAGGAGAUGGAGGCUUGUAAAAAAGAAAUUGAGGAGGAAACUAUGGCUGAAAUACUGAAAUCUAUUGAAAGCCAUGACACAAUUGCUAAAGAACUGGACAGAGUUAACUUUACACUGAAUAUUAUCUGUGAUAUUGUAGCUUGUGGAAAGUAUAUGAAAGAAUAUGAAGAGAAUAAAAGAGUGGGGAGUUUCACGGAAGCCGUGGAGACGACCACCAAGCUGAUGCAGCAGCUGGAGAACCCGGCCGAGGGGUUCCCCUCACUCGCCAUCUACGAGACCUACAAGCAGAUGGCCCUCUCCACCUGGGAAUGUCUAACCAGUGACCUGAUGGAACAGUUUUACAAAUUUUUCUCAUGGUCAAGCAAGGCUGAGGACAAAAAAACUGAAAUCAAUAUUGAUUUAAAGAUUGAUGAUUCACCCGACUGUUUAGAUGUUUUGGAAGCUCUCAUAUAUUGCAAGGAGUUGCCAGUAAAAGUUUCUGAAUUUGCAUCUUUCCUGCUCACUGAAGUUCUUGUUAAUUUCAUUCACACUGAGUGUUGUGUGUACCCUGACACUGAUGAACUUAUAACUAUCACUGUAUACAAAGGCAGAAGCAAACCAGUGUAUGACAUAGUUAUAGCUAAUAUAAGGGUACUGUUUCAUCACCUUGGAAAUAAAUUGAAUUUAGACUUGGGCCAAGAACAAACCAUCAUGCAGAUGAUUGGCAGUGAGAUCUGUCUGGAGUUCAGCGACAUCCUGGUGCGGGAGUGCCUCAUUGACACCAUCCCCAAUAGCAUAAAUGAAAUGCAGACGUAUGGCAUUAUAACUACUGAGAUUGAAGAAUUACAGCGCUUUUUAACAAAGGUUAAGUUUUUCCCAGACGAGGGCUUUUCUAUACUGUACUAUUUGAACAAUAUAGAUGUACUGUUUGCUGAGAAGGCCAGCCAGCAUUAUUUAGAGACAGCACGCGCUAUAAUGCUCAAAGAUUUAAGUAGCACAAUGUCUAUAGGAGUGGAAACAAUCCCGGAUGACAAUGAGUCAGAGAAACCCGGUAAAAUAAAUGAUGCAGGCAUUGAAGCAGCCUUGCAGAUCUUAGACAGCACAAUACCAAAGAGUCUUUUCUACUUCCCGCGGUGCAUGAUAUCAAAGACUGCCCAGGAGCUGCUGGACCUCAUCUACAUGAUGAUGGAGCAGGCGGUGCAGUGCUCCGAUGUGGUCGGGAAGAGGAUCUACAUCUCCGCUCGGCUGAUAUUUGAACUGUAUGAGUCUGUUGUCCCGUACUACCAUGAGAACUUUUUGCAGACUAUUCCUCAGUAUGUGGCGCUAUUCCACAACAACUGCAUGUACCUCGCCCACAACUUGCAAACCUUCGGGGACAAGUGGCUGGUGCUGAUGGAGGGCCGCGAGCCGGACUACCCCAUCACGUUCGUGGACCUCGUGCCCAAGCUGCGGGAACUCGGGCAGCGGCAGCUGGCAGCGCACCUGCAGCAGCAGAGGAAGCAGAUAUUGGAUAAUAUCAGGGCUAGCGACCUGAACUGCAUCGUGGUGAAAGACGUGCUAGGCGAGAACGCGGAGCAAGCGAUCCGCCAGUGUCUGCGCCAGCUGCAGCUGCUGAAGAACGUGUGGAUCGGAGUGUUCCCCGCCAACUUGUUCACCAGUCUAAUGGCGACGCUAGUCAACAUGCUGGCGGACGAGCUGGCGCACCGCGCGUGCUCGGCGGAGGACGUCUCCGCGGAGAUGGCGGCGCAGCUCGGAGACAUAUACACUGUUGUGGUGAAGAAGGCGCCUAAUCUCUUCCAGAAACCCGAGGAUAUAGAAGAGCACGUCGCUACUUGGACUAAGUUACAGGAGUUGAUUCUGAUUCUCGGAGGGUCCCUGAAAGACAUCGAGAAACGCUGGGAUGACGGCAACGGACCGCUAGCGGUCCACUUUAGAACCGUAGAGCUAAGGAACCUUAUAAAGGCUCUGUUCCAGAAUACGCAGAUUCGCGCUAACUUAUUGUCAAAGAUAAAGUAAUCUACUCAAACACUUUAGUGGAAUUUUAGUUGUGUUGUCACGUCUAUGUCUAUUUAAUGGAUUAGAAUAAGCUAAUAUAUUUGGUGUUAUAAGUU